CUCCCACGUGUUUGUUGUUUUUCUUUUCGGGCCAUGUUACGUUGAUGUGGAAAUCAGGCGUCAGCUCGGACCCAUUGCCAGCAUGUCGUCAUUUACUCGCUUGUAGUUAGGUCGCGGCUGAAGAAGAGGAUGUUAAAGGUUGAGGCUCACCUUGAAACGACGAUAUAAAAGCUGUGGUUCAUGGAAAGAAGGAGCGUUGCGUUAGAGUUCCAUUGGAUGGACUGAACUCUUCGCACGUAAAACGAUGAGUCAUACAUGGUGUCUCAGUCCCUGGCUUAAACUAAAUAGAACUUUCGACAUAUGGCGCCCUUGCAAACCAGCAUCCUCACCCUUUCCCUUCCCAGGUACCUCGCACUGUUCACUUCAUAUCCAGGAUCCUUCUUGCGGGAAGGCGAGCCCCCUCAGCCAGAAACAUGUCCUUCACUCACGACUUUGGGCUCAGAAAGCACGCCUGUGCAGGGCGAACCAGGUCGUGAGACAGAAGCUCGGGCUCCACACCAGCAACCUGCGUUUGAACACUUCGGCAUCGCGUUGGUCCACGGGCCUCAGCCAGCAUAUGUCCCGAGUAAAGAACACGUUGGACGCCGUCUCCAAAGCUGUGACGCAAACCGACCUCCUCUCCAAGAUUGCCCGGCUCAAAACAAAAAAGGGUGGCAAAAAUGUGAGGUCAACUCCUGAAUCGAAAGUUGUGGAGAUCGCCCCGGUUUCUCCAUCUGCUCCCAAGCAUCCAGCGAGUACGUCACCCAGUCCUUCCAGUCCGAAACCGGACACAGCUCCAUCCCCUUCGCAACCUCAUAACACCUCGCAAGCGAGCGCUGCUGCUGCUGUUGUGACCGAGCUGGAAGUAAAGGAGAAAAAACUGAAGCCUGUCGCCGCUACCGUCAAGCCAGAGGAGCUUCAAGAGAGCGAGAGUCUGCCUUCCAAACAACCACUUGCGCUUUUUCACCCCAGUAAAUUUUCAGUAAACCUGGAUGAAACAUACAACUACCUAGCCCACCACAUCAAUUCCUACUUUGGCAGCAGCACACAGAAAAAAGUUGCGGAGAACCAUGUUGAGGCAUCAUCUAAAACCCAAUCUCAGACUCUACAAAAAAGUGACCCCGUGUGCAAUAAACCAGACCCGGAUCCUCCUGCGCCACCCGCCUCCCCUAAGAAAGGUUUCGGUCACUACCUGUCCUAUUCUGCUCCCACCGUGCAAGCUUUUGUAGGCAGCUACAUCGCCCCGUUGGUUCCCAAGUUCAGAACCGGGGAGGCAAAAAAUGCCGCGGAUGAAAUCACAAAGUCGGAGGUUGCGCCGGUAAAGCAGAUGGAGAAGGCCGUCAGUACAGAGCAGAAAACAGCGGAGGAGAAGGCCAAGAAACUUCUGGUCCAAAGGGAAAAGAUCAUCGCCCGGGUGAGCGUGGACAAUCGUACCCGGGCUCUGGUCCAGGCGCUCCACAGGGCCACCGACGUGAGGGUCUACAUCAGCAGGGUUGAGGACCUCAGCUACCACCUGCUGGAAUUUCCAGAGACGUGCGGGGUUGCCGUUAAGGAGAAGGUAAUCCCCUGCCUGCUGCGUCUGCAACAGGCCAGUGAUCCUGGACUGAGGGAAGCCGUCAGAGAAGCUCUUGCUCUGGUGGGCUACCAUAAGCCCGUGAAAGGCCGCGGCAUACGCAUUCUGUCCAUAGAUGGCGGAGGGUUAAGGGGACUUCUUGCCCUUCAGACUUUGCAGAAGUUGGAGACCAUGACCGGCAAGCCUAUUUAUAAACUCUUUGAUUAUAUUUGCGGUGUCAGCACAGGUGCAAUCCUGGGCUUCAUGCUGGGUGUUUUCCAACUCUCACCAAGCGAGUGCGACGAUCUCUACCGCAAGUUGGGCUCGGAAGUUUUCAAGCAGAACGUGAUUGUGGGCACGGUGAAGAUGGGCUGGAAUCACGCUUUCUAUGACAGCCAAGCUUGGGAGAUCUUGCUCAAAGAGAAAAUGGGCUCACACCUUCUAGUGGAGACUUCUAGAAACCUGGAAUGUCCUAAAGUGGCAGCGGUGAGCGCCAUUGUGAAUCAAGGCACUCCUCUCAAGGCGUACGUGUUCAGGAACUACAACCUGCUACCGGGCGUGCGCUCCCACUACCAGGGGGGCUGUCAGCACCAGCUCUGGCAGGCCCUCCGCGCUUCCUCAGCGGCCCCCGGCUAUUUCCAGGAGUUCCCCUUGGGCAGCGAUCUCCAUCAGGAUGGAGGUUUGCUCAUCAACAACCCCACAGCGCUGGCCAUCCACGAGUCCAAGUGUCUGUGGCCCGAUACGCCGUUGGAGUGCGUGGUUUCGGUCGGCACGGGCCGUUUGGAAACCAUGGGGAAGAGCAACAGCGGCACUUACACGAGCCUCAAAACUAAAAUCAACAACGUCAUCAGCAGCGCCACAGACACGGAAGAGGUCCACGCCAUGUUGGACGGCUUCCUUCCCGCCGACACGUACUUCCGCUUCAACCCGUACGUGAGCGAAGACAUCUCCAUCGACGACAACCGUCAGGAGAAGCUGGACCUGCUGGAAGCCGAAGCCUUCCGCUACCUGGAGAGGAACGAGGAGAAGCUGCGGAAGGCGGCUCGGAUCCUCACCAGAGAAAAGGGCUCGGUGCAGAUGUUGGCCGAAUGGCUCAGGAACCGGGUGGACACUUUGUCCUUCAACUCCUUUAAGUUUUAGCCACAGCAGAACAAAAACAAAACAGAUUUUACCUCACGAGUAGGGGAUUUAUGUUCCUUCUAUGAUGCUUAGGACGUGUGAGGCUAACGUCAUAUUUCAUCGUGUAGCAUCCUCGCUUGUGUUUUUAACAGUUUGUUUUUAAGGGGGGUAAACGCUUUGAAAUCUUUAUGAUUUUGUUUAUCUUCUCCGUCAAGUCCGUCCAUUGUAGUACCAAGACUGAUCUGUGAGAGGCAGCGUGGUGCCGCAGAGCAUCUGAACUGCCUUAAAUUACCAAGAAGAAAAGGCAGCUAGAGAAGAAAUGUAAAAUAUUUGGUCCCCAUGUGAUUCUAAGUGUUGAGCAGAUUUGUUUGGGGGGGAAAAUCACGAUUAACACACCCACGAAAUUGCUCAGGAUAAUCUUGGCCUUUUCUGAUUUUGAUCAGAAGAGGAAAAUUGGAGUUAAAUUUAUCCCGCUUAUCAGUAUGCGUGUAUGCCACUAAUAACUGUAACACUAAGAAAAAAAAGAAAAUGGAAAUAUAAAGAAAUUCAAACUAUUAAUUUAAGUAAUUAAUGGGAGUGAUAUUGAAAUUUUACAAAAUGCAGCUGUAAAUGUAUGUUAUGUUUAACGUUUCGAUGUCUAGCAGAAGAAAAUAUUUCAAUGCCAACGUCAGGAGUUCUAUAUAAAUAACAACAGUGGACCUCACAGACAUUACUUUUACUUAUUUAUUUUAGCCAGUCAAAUGUUUUGGCUCUGCUGAUGGUUUUUUUUUUUUUUUUUUUUUGCUUUGUGCACUUGACUGUCACUUCUCACUUCUCCAUUUUGAAUGUCUUGGCUCAGGCAGGUACUGUAUAUUUGAUGCAUCAGUGAAUCCCCGAGGACAAUUGAUGAGAUGGGUAUAUGGGGAUUUUUCCACUAUCGCAUAAUUCCACCGCUUCUUUGUAAAGACAAUUCCAGAGUCGUCAUAUAUGUAAUUAAAGCUCAUUAUGCCUCUUUAACGUGAUUGGGAAAAGCAGCUGUGAGUUGCACAGCAUCUUCUCAGGAAGACGUCUCGUGCACGAUUAAUGAUGCUCUCUGCUGGAUGCUUAGUGACAUUUGGGCUGAUAAAACAUAAUUUACACAGUAUUCCCAAAGUGCAUGUCUUGAUUUAUGCUUAAUUAUGAUGCAUGUCGUGGUUCACCCUAAUUCAAAUGAGAAGAAACAUGUAGCGACAUGGCUUUUUAAUCUGUUAAAACCAGUCCUCUUAAUCAUGAUCAAGGGAUGGUUUUUUUUUUUAAAUUAAAGAUUUAUGGUUUUGA